CUACAUAAACACGGCCCUGCCGCCACCGCCGGGGCUCUCUGUUCGCAGCCCGACGGAGCAGCUCGUCCGGCAGCGGGCGGAGCAGCGGCGGCGGGGAGCGCAUUGGCAGCGCGGCUCCGGCGCCAGACGGGGCGGGAGGAGGCUCCUGGCCCCGCCGUAGCCCAGGCGGCCGGAGGAAGAGGAGGACGAAGGGCGUGGGCUCCGGCGGGCUCGCUCCGGUAUGGCCCUGGCGGACAGCGCCCGCGGGCUGCCCAACGGCGGCGGCGUGUCGCCCGCGGCGGGCAGCGGGGCGCCGGGCAGCGGGGCGGCGGCAGCGGCGACGGGCGGCUGGUCGUCCUUCCCGGAGAUCGUGGAGCUGAACGUGGGCGGGCAGGUGUACGUGACGCGGCGCUGCACCGUGGUCUCGGUGCGCGACUCGCUGCUCUGGCGCAUGUUCUCGCAGCAGCAGCCCAGCGARCUGCCCCGGGACAGCAAGGGCCGCUUCUUCCUCGACCGCGACGGCUUUCUCUUCCGCUACAUCCUGGACUACCUGCGGGACCUGCAGCUGGUGCUGCCCGAGCACUUCCCCGAGCGCAGCCGCCUCCAGCGGGAGGCUGAGUACUUCCAGCUGCCCGACCUGGCUCGGCGCCUGGCUCAGACUCGGGCCGUCGCCGCCCGCCCCGCCGUCCUGCACCGCGACGGCUCCAUCUGCGCCGAGGAGCCGCCGCCGCCGCUGCUCGGCUACCUGGAGGCCGAGCCGCUGGAAGGAGGUGGCGGGGCCGUGGCRUCCGCCCCGUCGCCCACCGCCAGCCGCAGCCCCUCGGGCGGGCCGCUGCUCACGCCCUCGCAGUCGCUGGACGGGGCGGGCGGGCGGCGCUCGGGCUACAUCACCAUCGGCUACCGGGGCUCCUACACCAUCGGGCGGGAGGCGCAGGCUGACGCCAAGUUCCGGCGGGUGGCCCGCAUCACCGUCUGCGGCAAGACGGCCCUGGCCAAGGAGGUCUUCGGGGAGACCCUGAACGAGAGCCGCGACCCCGACCGCCCUCCCGAGCGCUACACUGCCCGCUACUACCUCAAGUUCAACUUCCUCGAGCAAGCCUUCGACCGCCUCUCCGAGGCCGGCUUCCGCAUGGCCGCCUGCUCCUCCACCGGCACCUGCGCCUUCGGCCCCGAGCAGGGCGGUCCCGCCGAUGACAAGAUCUGGACCAGCUACACCGAGUAUGUUUUCUGCCGGGACUGAGCAUCCGCCCGGCCCGUGGCGUGGGGACAAGACGGCCGCCCCUGCACACCCUGGCACUCAAGGUCCCCUCCCAUCCUGAAGGAAGGAGGAUGUGGAGGGGGGCUGUGUCCCCCCGUGCUUUUCCCAUCCCGGGGUCUGCCUGCACGCACCAGGCGGGCCAGCCCCGGCGCAGCCCCCACCCCUCUUGCGGCACCUGCUGACGGACCCCGGGGGCAGGAGCUCACUGUGUUGUGCCUCGGCUGCCGUGUCCCUGCUUGGCCACCACGUCCCUGGUCAGCCACCGGCUCCCACCUUCACCCUCCCUCCCACAUCUCCCAGUAGCUGUGUUGGUAGCGAGGAAGGAGAGAAGUAUUGGGAGCAGACAAAUGCCUGUCCCGCGAAAGCGUGCAUGUGCACCCAGUCCUUGUCCCUCUCCACACACAGAGCUGAGGUGUAGCUUUGUCAGGGUGAGGCAUUUUAAAAACCGUCCAGUAAGGGGCUGAGAAACUUUAAAGUUGCUUUGAGCAAGUUUUCUUGAGGAUGGCAUGACAAAUGGCUGUCUUUUCSCAUCCCAAUACCCUUGUGACAGAGUUUGCCUUGAUGGGCAGACCCCAAAUGGUCCAUUUUUAAUCCUCUCUCCACCCCCAUCAAAGUGAUGCCUAUCUGUGAAGGACUGUCACAUAGAAGGGAAGCCUGACAGUGAUGGGUUUGUGCUGGCUCAGUGCUUUAUCUGUUGAGAUGAGUAAUUUUGCAGGAGGUAUGCAUGUGGCCCUUCAUGACUGGUUGCUUCCAUCUCCCCUCUUUGCUCCCCACAUCUCUGAACUCCUCUCUCCAAGCUGUUAAACUGGACCAGGGCCUGCACAGCGAGCAUGUGAGGMUAAUGUGAAAGGACAGGUUUGCUGGAUAACCAACCAUUUCAACUACAAAGUGUCCUCAGAGACAUGUGUUUAUUCCCUUGAGAGGUAAAACAGUGACACUUAAAAAAAUUAAAGUGCUUAUGAAUUGUAACUUCCAUGGGUGGUCUGUAGUCCUUAUGAUUCUUUUGAAGUUCCUGUCUAUAAGAUGGACAGAAAUCUCAAUGCUUAUUUCCUUAAACACCCUCAAAACAAUGGGAGUGAGGUUAAACCAGGCUUGCCUGGGUCAUGGUAGGGUCUGUGUGCUGGGAAGCUGAAAUCACAUAYCUUGAAUUAGUGCAGAUGUACAUUAUAAAUGUCAUCAAGAGCACCCUUGUUACUUUUUGUCAUGUUAGUGCUGUAAAACUCUGAAGCCAACAGAACUGAUGGCAAAGCCACUUUUUAAAGAACCUUUUUCUUAGUUUUCAUAGCAGUAUUAUCUGGGCACUGACGCUGCUAAGAGCUGUGUACAUCUUCCUAGACAAAUUCAGUGCUUCUUAGAAAGGAUUGAGCCCUGUCCUUAGAAAAACAGGAAUGAUGCCAGCUUUCUUCAGGGGAAAUUACCCCUUCUGAGCUGUAUUUUGUUACUGCUGUCUAACAGUCUUUCCCAGAGGAGGCAGAGUCUGCUUUGGAACAGAUGAUCCGAGCUGCAGGUUUGACAGUAGGGAAGAUUGAGCAGCUCUUUCUAAUAAUUUCUUGAAGUCUGGAAUAUAAAAGCACUUUCCUUUAAAAACCUAAACUUGAUUUAAGAAUGUGUAUAACCCAUUCAGGCCAUCACAGAAAAAUAUCCUAAAUGUAUCUGAAGUGUUGAAGAAUUUAGCGGUACAUAUUAAAAGCUUGAAGUUAUGCUUUUUGAACUCUUGAAUAAUAAUUCUAGUUCUAGCUUAUUCUAACUCCAAAUUUAGAAACACUGCUAGCACUUGUAUUCUAACCAAAGAAUUUCACAGGGUUUUUUUAAAAACCUUAAUUCCUUUGAAAAGAGCUAUAGCUCCAUUUCUAUUGUGUUUCAGUGCUCAGUCUCUGUUCACCACUUGGUCUUUUAUUAAGUGCAUGCACAAAUGCAUAAAACUGAAAAUAAAUCGCAUCACCAUGGSUUUUUAUUUUAAUAUUAUCAAGGUUGUUUAUCAAUGUGAUUAAAUUGAAGAAGUAUGAAAGCACUGGAUGCUGUCCAUUUGUAGAUAGUUGUAUUMUGGGGUAUUUUUAAGAGAAUAGAAAUGUAAACCUGCCAAAUUAGAUGAGCAAUAAGAUACAGUGAGAGGCCAAUACACCUGAAGAUGGAAUGGAGUCUGUUUGUCCUAUGCCUUACUCUGAGAUGACGUCUUUGUGCUUAACUUAUACCACAAGUGAAAAGACAUUAAUCACAACUACUAGGUCUUUACAAUGCCCUUCUCAAAAAUAAAAACCGUCUUUUUCUAUUUUGUGUUAAGUAACUGAAGUAAGUUUUUUAAUAUUUUGUAUAAAAUCAGUUUUCGGUAAAGUGUUCAAAUUCACUCUAGAUAGCUUUCUUUUUUUAAGAAUCUGGUAGCUUACUAAAUCCAUCAUAGGAGCUAUGAAUAGGGGCAGUUUUAAAUUGGCGUUGUGAUUUAAUGUACAUAUAUAUAUAGUAUAUAAACAUUUUACAUGAAUCAUUUAGUUUUUUAAUCAUUUUAGUGCUACAGGAUUUCAUAAUAUAUCUAGCUAGCUGAGCAUUUUCACAUUAUGUUAUGUACAUAACAUGGUAAUGUUUUACUGGUUUCUUAUAACUGUUUCUGUGGAAAGCCUGAAUACAAGUAUCAUCAGCUUGUAGAACUGAAAUUGAUGGCAUAUUUGCUUGAAUGUGAAUCGUAACUAAACUUCCAGGUGGCUGAAUGCAUCUCUAAAACGAAGAUUGCCUGUGUUUUGAUUAAUGGUUGCCUAUCCCUUUCCUGCCAAACAACCCAGUAAUUCUCAUUUUUUAUGUAAAAAUGUAUGUAAAAAAACAGAUGAUUUUUUUAGCCUUUGUGCUAAAAAACUUUUUAGCAUUAUUAGUGUUAAGAAAUGGGCCUUUAAUUUACCGAAAACUCAUUAUCAGUAUUGUCACUAGGCUUAAAAUGAUGGUGUCAUAAAUAUAAUAGUUAUUUGAUGGUUUGCCACAGAAGAUGAUAUUUUUCAGAACCAUUAGUUAGUAAUGGCAGUAAAGUUUUUAAAAGGAAAAAUGCCCAAGGCAAAGUCACUGAGUUUUGCUGGUCUGUUCUAUUGAGAGCUCGAAGAAUGGAGAAACACAAUGGCUCUGCUGGCUUGUUGACAUGAAAACAUACAAAAACAUAAAGGCACAAUACUGGAGUCCUGUAUACAUUUUGUAGCUGUCGUUCAUAGUUCAUGUGAUGAUGAAUGCAGUAGCAUUUACAAGUGCUAUUAAAACCCCACAAAGGCAGUCUUUUUUUUUUUUUUUUUAAUUAGAAAUUAAGGCAUAAGUCUUUUCAGUGAUGCAUAUCAUGAAAGGUGACUUUGCAUAUGUUUGAUAGGAUGUUUAUAUUUUUAUACAUGUAGAUAAUGAGCCACUUAUUCAUUCUUAUAUUCACAUGUAUAGYAUUGAAAAUAAAGAUCCUCCUAGGAAAAAGUUACAUACCAAAUUAAAUUUUUGUUCUUUAAAUAUUAACUCAGUUGUGUGGUUUAUGCUGUCCUUUUUAUUCUCUGCAGAUGUUGUUGGCUUUGCUCUUCCACAGUAUCAUAUUCAUAACUUCAGCAAAGAGUCCAAACUAAUACAUAAGGCAGAAACACAGAGCAAAAAAAUUUAYAUGUAUAGGGAUCUCUAGUAACACCCAUGGCAAGAUAAACAGAAAUAUAUAAUGCUCACUGCAUAAUUUCCUUUUGAGCAUCACAGAGAAUUUUUGUAGUGCUGGUCAGUCAGUCCUCAGGARGAAAUAAUGAUUGAACAGCUUAAUUUGAAUAGCACUGAGUAAUUGUUGAAGUCAAMUGUUGAUGCUUUUUAUGAAGCCAGAGGAUAAUAAUGUGGGAUACACUGCUCAUAAUUAAAAGAAACAUUAAUACCUAAGGUAAUACAUGAUCUGAGAGAAUUGAAUCUAGAAAUUCUCAUUAGCUACCCUGUGAUCUCGAGGAAACUUCUAAACCUGUGGUCAAUUUCAUAGAAAAUUUGUUAGUUGUCAGUAUAAUUCACAUGUGUGAAGUGCCUGUACAUUUAAUAGUUCUUUCUUGGGUAACAUGAUUAUAAGGCAGAGGAACCAGCUGAAGGAAGUUUUAGCAACUGUUUCAUUGGGCACCUUGAUUUGAGAGCUUUGUUAUCAUGCAAUAAUGUAAGAAAGGAGGUCAUUCUAUGAGCRACAAAACUUUGAGUCUGCCUUUCUGAAGCUUUAGGUCUCAUUUUAUUUGUGUUGCCUUUUCUGCCCAUCCCCACCCAUUUUAUUCCAUUUCUGCUUGAAAAAGAUGGCACAUUCCUUGACAAAGCCAACUUCUGCUAUGYUGAAGGUUAUGGCUGAAUUUUAGCUUUCUGCCUCAGUGAAAUACAGAUUUUCUUCUUCCUUUCUUUUACCCAGCCAUCAAUAUUCAUAGAAUUUGUAAGAAUGUAACAGCUGUGAGGUUUUUCCUUUUUUUUCCGUUCUUUUGAUUGUGUUUGAAAUUAUCCAUCAAGUCAAAUGUUAAGGACAGAUGUCUACCCAAGUGGACAAUGUAUGAGCCUUAUUUCAGUAGGAAACAAGGUGAACAGAAUACUGUGAUUAAUGCCUGGCCUUGGUUGUAUAGUCCAAGUGUACUAAAUCCCUACAGAAUGAGGAGGAGGGCAGUCACUCUUACUUUUGCAUCACUGGCCAGUUAGUCAAACAAAUGGGUAUGCUAGAAUGUCUUAAAAAUACUUACAGACUCCUGAUAUCUGCAGCAUUUCCAAGUAUGAAUCAAAAUGUGCUGGAAAAUAUUUUCUGAAGACUAGAUUUGCCUCAGGGUUUGGUUGGUUUUUGCUGAUUUUCUUUUUUCUUUUUUUUUCCCUGUAUUGUAGGAAAUCUUCUGUAUCAUUUUUAAUGAAAUAUUAGUGCUAAUGUGUUAUUUAUUUAGAAAGUACUAGCAGUUAGUUUUAUGAAACCGAAUGCUAAUUUUGUUUUUCAUUAAAAUGAGCUGCAUGUGUUUUUCCCCUGCUGCUAAACAAAACUCUUCUGUAGACUGCUGAAGUAGUAAUGCUGCCAUUGCAAGUAGUCUGUUGGAAAUACACAGCACAACUGCUGUGACAGUCAAAACCAUAGUUGUUCAAAUUAUCACUUUUUUCCCCCCAUUCUACUCUCUACUGUGUUCAAACUGGAAUAAAAUUAAACUCUGUUACACAUUUCUUGCUCUACAAGUUUUUUAGCACACGCUAUGGAGCAUUUGAUACUUCUGUCAAAGUUGCUGGCAACARUGAGUCAGGGAUUUGAAGCAGGUCUAAGUCCUUGUAGGGAAAUGAARACUGGGAAUUGUUGCACAAAGUGGGAACAGCUAUAUGCAAUUUGGGAAAAAAUUCUUGGUAUCACAAGAAAUCAAAGAUGUUUUUCUGUGUAAUCCAAGUAAUACACUCACACAUUACUCCCAUCCUGCAAACMCAACCUGCCCUGGAAAGAUAAAGUCCUUGAUAAUAUUUGCUUGUUCUAGGUUUUAUUUGGUAUCAUCUGGAUGAAAGAAAUUCUUUUGGUUUUCCCCUUCAAAAAAGGUCAGUGUUUAGCUGCUGGGAAAUGACAAUGUUAGCAGCACACCUUGCUUUGGGUUAACAUUCUUUUUAUUUCAGCAUAAUGUGAGAGGUAGGGAAGUUCACAUGGAAGCAUAUAGGAAUAAUGGAGUCAUGGAAUCAC